CCGAGUAGAGUCUCUAAUUAAAAAUAUUAGGAUAGAAAAAAAAAAACUUCUGGCAACGUAAUUUAAGGACGGUAUAAUUAUAGGUCUGAUGUGACCAAGCCUAAAGUUAAUUAAACGUAUUUAUUUAUAAUUUUGUACUACUAAUAGAUGUUCUUGUGAAUAUAAAAGAUGGAAGUUCUUGAAUUAAAAGAUAUAAAAUGUGUUCCUGAUAUUAUUCACAUUUACUCUGAGAAAGUUAAAUCCGAGUCAACGCCACUUGUCAUUGACAAUGGUUCUUACAAUUGCAGAGUUGGCUGGGCCACUGACAAGGAACCUCAAUUGGUAUUUAAAAAUUUAAUUGCAAAACCUCGUAAGGAACGAGGGAAAAAGGAUGGAGAAAUUCAGGUUGGAAAUGAUAUUAUUAAUAUCGAGGCUGUUAGAUUUCAGCUAAAAACACAAUUCGAUCGAAAUGUGGUUACGCACUUUGAGGCUCAAGAGCAAAUAUUUGAUUACACAUUUACUCAUAUGGGGAUUGAUACGGAAGGGUGCGUUAAUCACCCCAUCAUCUUAACUGAAACUUUCUUAAAUCCCAACUAUUCAAGAAAAUUGAUGGCUGAAUUGUUAUUCGAAUGCUAUAAUAUUCCAUCGAUCGCUUAUGGAGUCGACUGUCUAUUUUCUUAUCAACAUAAUAAUUGUCCCUCCGAUGGGCUUAUUAUUAGCGUAGGAUACCAGGCUACUCAUAUUAUUCCAAUACUCGAUGGUAAAGCCGAUACUGCAAACUCAAGACGUAUAAAUCUUGGUGGCUUUCACAUAACGUCUUAUAUGCACAGAUUGCUACAAUUAAAAUAUCCCGUACACGUGAAUGCUAUAACGCUCAGUCGAGCCGAGGAACUGAUUCACGAUCACUCUAUGAUCGCAUUGCAAUACCAGGAUGAAAUUUUAAAGUGGGCCGAUCCAGUAUAUUACGACGAUAGUGUUCUCCGAGUGCAGCUCCCGUACGUGGCACCAGCGAGUACUCCGGGCCUCACAGUCGAGCAGCAAAAGGAAAGAAAACGCGAGCUUGCCCGACGAUUGAUGGAAAUCAAUGCUCGAAAAAGAGAGGAAAGACUUGCAGAAGACGAGGAGCAAUUAAAUCAACUUCUAGCCAUUCAGGAGCUCCUGGAGGAAGGGGAAACCGAGGAGUUCGAAGAAGCUUUGCAAUCCUAUUCGCUCACCAACGAAACGGAAUUGAUAAAAAUGAUAAAUAACUUGCAAGCCAAAGUUGAAAGGACUCGACAGAAAAUAGUGGCUGCCAACUCGCAAGAAGAGAACAUCGUGAUGGAAGAGCAAAAGUCGAAGAUUAAGUCGAACAUGCAACCAAAAGAUCAGCAAGACUUUGACGAAUGGAUAGCAGGCGUGAAGCGUAAAAGGCAGGAAAUUUUAGAAAAGCGUAUGGCCAAAAGACAGCGUCGCCAAGACAUGGCGAAGCGCCGAACGGCCGCUGCCCAAGAACGAAUGAGAAUCAUUAGUCAGCUCGCGAGAAAGGAUAAGAGAGAUGACGAUUUUGGCAUGAGAGACGAAGACUGGGACGUAUAUAAGGCUAUAAAUAGAGAAGGAGGAGACUCGGACUCAGAAUUGGAGCAAGAGAAGCUCGUUGAGCUCGAGGAAGUGCUGCGCCAUCAUGAUCCGGAGUUCGAGGGUCCGGGGACAUCGACGGUGCAAAUGGUUCCCGGUGAGACGCACCAGCUACACGUGGGUGUCGAGCGCCUGCGUGCCCCGGAGCUCCUGUUUCAGCCGUCGAUGAUUGGCUUGAUCGAGGCCGGCAUAGCUGAGACAAUCGAGUUUAUACUUAAACGCUACACGCCCGAGCAGCAAACUCGUCUGGUCGGCAACGUGUUCCUAACCGGAGGCUCGGCUACUUUCCCAGGACUACUCGAGAGGCUAAAGCGAGAGCUCACGGAAAUGCGGCCCUUUCGAUCCAACUUUCAAGUUAACAUAGCGAAAAACACGAGUCUCGAUGCUUGGUACGGAGCCCGAGACUUUGCCCUCAGCGGCAGCUUACCCGAGUACUUGGUUAGUCGCAAGGAUUACGAGGAAAAGGGAGGGGAGUACCUGAAGGUGCACUCGGUGAGUAACGUAUACACGCCGUCGCCGGAUCCGCUGCCAAUGCUUCAGGUGCCAGUGGCGUCCGAGCAGAUCGUCAUGGAGGAUGCCGCUAUCGACGUGGAAAUCGAAUAGAUCAUUGGCGGCUACCCAAGGGCCCUUCGAUUAUAACAACAAAGGCUUUCUGCGCAAACCAUUUG